AUGGAUAUUAAUUCAUCUGAUGAACCUCCUAUAAUAAAUGAUUGGGAUGAAAGUAAAAUAUAUUCAGAAGCACGAAAGCAGGGUGCUAUUCCUAAAGUUGAAGAAUUUAAAAGAUGUUUAUGGUUAGAAUGUGAUAAUGUUGUUGCGCUAGGAUCAAAAUAUUGUUCUUAUGAAUGUGGAAAAAAGUUAGCACGAGAACGUCUUCUUUGCCUUUCUCCUUAUAUAAUUGAGGAUGCUGAAAAAUUUUCAUAUGUCAAGGACAAUUAUAAAAAAGAAAUAGAAAGGUUAAAAAAUGUUUGUAGGAGUAAAUUGGAGAAUAUGAAUAAGGCAGCUGGAUGUGCAAGAUUAUUAGUUGAAUUUGUUACUCAACAAUUAUCAUUAGAAUAUAAUGAAAAAGAUAAUGGAAAUAAUGUAUCAAGAAAAGAUUAUAUUCUUUGUAUAUGUUGCGGUGAAAAUAUAGAAGGGCCACUGUAUGGAAGUCAUAUUCCAAAAUGUUUAAGUAGGAAAGAAAGAGAAGCUUACUAUGGUAGUGAAGAAAAAGGAAAUUUGUUGUUAAAUAUUCUUUGUGAAAGGUAUUCAUCUAGAUUUAAUAGUUAUUGUAAGAGAUUUAAAAUUAUAUGCCCAGAACAUCCUUGCAAUGAUAUUGACGACGGAUUAAAGAUUUGUUCAUAUCCAACUACAUUUGAUGAUGCCAUUAGAAGAGAUGGUUCUUUUUUUUUCUUAAACUUUUCUCCAAAUUUUUUCAAAGGUUCUUAUUGUACAAAUGGCUAUGGAAUUUGUCCUGAUCAUCCAAACUGGUACAGGUAUACAUUAGCUGUUGUUGAUGCUUAUAGAUUUGGUGAAUUGGAAAAAUUAAAUGAAGCAAGGACAACGAUUGGAAAAUACAAUACUUUUGUUAACAGUAGGGGAAAUGUUUUUAAUUGUAUUUCUUCAAGACAAGCUUUAGAAAAUUUUUACAAUGAUUCUAUUAAUAAUCAUCCAAAAUCUAUCAAAAAGAAAGAAGAAAAAAAAGAUGUAAAAGUAAAAUUGAUCCAUCCAGAUGCCGAAGUCAUUUCAGAUCCUGAAAAAGAUUAA